CAUCAAGAUGUUACAGGUACCACUGCCCCUGGAUCGAGAUGGGAUCCUCUUCCGGCUCCGUUUUACCACGUUGGCCGUUGGGACUGUGUGUUGCCCACUCUUUGGUUUCCUUUUCUGUGUGAUCUGGUCUCUGCUGUUCCAUUUCCAGGAGACGACAGCAACCCACUGCGGGGUCCCUAACUACCUCCCCUCCAUCAGCGCCGCUAUCGGAGGCGAGACCCCCCAGCGUUAUGUCUGGCGCCUCUGCAUUGGCCUCCACUCGGCACCCCGCUUCCUGGUGGCAGUCGCCUACUGGAACCACUAUCAGAGCUGCCACUGCUCGCACCCUCGCUACCUGCGCUUGUGCCACUUCAACCUGCUGCUCAACCUGCUUGAAAACUUCGCCCUCCUUAUUCUGACGUACGUGUCCUCAUCUGAAAACUAUGCAAUCCAUGAAAAUGCCUUCAUCGUCUUUAUCACGUCGGCUCUGGGCCACAUGCUCCUGACAUGCAUCCUCUGGAGAAUGACUAAGAAACACACAGUAAGUCCCGAGGUACAGAAACUUUCCUUUCUUCU